AGCCAACUCCAAGGUUUGCUAAAAAGAAGAACAGACGUUUGGCCAACAGCGAGCGAAGAUCCAUGUCCAUCUAAGACAGGCCAUUGAUUUCUUGUGGAGAAUGUGUGUCUCUGAGAUCUGAAGGCGGAGCGUUGGAUUGAUCAUGUCAGGGGUGCGUCGGGUGCCGCCUCCACCCCCGCCCGGGUUCGGGGAUGAGGAAUACUACCGUCUCUACGGUCGACCCGAGGACUAUCACCGCUAUCGAGCCAAGGUGGAGAGUCAUCUCCAGCAUCAAGCCACUGGCUCCCAUCAGGCGGAGGAUGGAGUGGCUCGGCCCCGGACUGCGGGACGCACCCGACGCUCCAAGUCCGUGUCUUUGGAGCCCGGGGAAGAGCUGGAAGAGGAGGAGGAAGAGGAGGAGGACAGUUUGGGCGAUGAGACCGAAUUGAGCGAGUUCGAAGGCGAACCCGAGCAUGAGAUUCGAAUCCGGACGCCUCCACCCAGAGAUCUGAGAUAUCAUCCCAGGAUCAGUCGACGACGAGGGUAUCCGGUGGAUUCGCUGGAGGAUGAACAGUAUUACCCGUAUGAAGAGAGGCGACGCCAUUUGCAUUCGAAUGAAGAGGUGUUUCACCAUGUGACUCCCAGUGGGAGACGACGAUAUCCCCCUCCGCCGCCCGAGGAAUUUCUCCGAGGUGAAAAAGCGAUUGGGCGCUCUCGGAUCCGAGAGCGAUCGCGAUCGCGAUCCCCGCUGGGUCUCGAAGAAGACCAGGAUGAAAUGUCUUCUUUGGAAGAGGCGGAAUUAUCACCCCCCGUCCACCGGAAAGGCAGUCGCAAGGCUUUUGAAAACUUUCGGGUGACCAUCCCGAAUACUAGAGGUAAAAAAAGCCAGGGUCCCGGUGGGCGGGGUGAGGAGGAUCCAUCAGAAGGGAGUCUGAGUCUAUCCGAAGAGGGCGAGGAAGAUGUCGAGCAACCCGUGGAGAAAAGUCGCCGAUCGACGCCUCCGCCCAUCCCGUUGCCCAAAGUAAAGUCGGCCAAGGAACGCUUAGGGAAACGGGUCACCCCACCUAUUACCACGACCAUAAGUGUUUCGUCGGAUGAUGACACGCCACCUCCGCCUAAGAGCCGACGUCGACAGAGCCCGCCUAAGUCAACCUCGCGUCGGCGACCCAUGACCCCAUCAUCGCCUGACCGAUCCAAAUCACGAUCCCGGGGACGGCGAGAAAGAAGACGAUCCUUCACACCUCCCAACAGUAAUGGUAGGAGUGGCAAAAAGAAGAAACGCAAGAAACGGAAUAGAAAUCGGGGCGGAAACAGCUCGAACUUGUCCCAACGAAUGGAGGACACCAACAAAGAGAACGAGAUCAUGCUCAAGAAAUUAGCUCGAAAACGCCGUGGUGGGCCACCCACCUCUGAAUCUAGUCGUGUUAAAAACUUGGCCAAGAUGGCCGGUAUUAAAAUUCCCAGCAAGAAGCUAAUCGACGCGUCACGAGACCAGAAACGACCUCGAAAGAGAUCCAUUUCACCCAACCCGCGGAAUCUAACUCCCAAGCCCGGGUUUGGAUCAAAGCUGCGAUCCGAUAGAAUCACUCAAGACCGACAAAGACCUCGUGGACCGAGGUCAGAAUCUCAGGAUCAGAUCAAAGACAAAGGGAGAAAAAAGGCCGGGGGAAGCCGAUCUCCCAAACGGUGGAAACACGACAAGUUUACGGAGGCCAGUCCCAUUCGAGAAAAGGAGUAUUCCAAAGAGGAGGAUGAAGCCACGUUUGGCUCUCAUUGGAGUCGGAUUCGAAGUGAAAGGAGCAAAGAGCGCGAUCGGGAUGGGAAUCUCAGGCGAACCCGAAGUCGAAGUCGAGGGAAGUCAGCUGGAUCGAAAAAGAGAAAACUAGGUCGAAAACGACGAUCCAGAAGGUCCAGAUCAUAUUCGUCUAGUUCGGACUCGUCAAGAAGUUCUUCAGGAUCAUCGAGGUCCUCCCAUAGGAGACGAGGACGACGAAGUAGCCACAGACGUCGAAAAAGAUCUUACUCCUCCUAUUCUCGCAGCUCUUCUCGGAGUUCCUCGAGUUCCUCAAGCCGAAGUUCCUCCAGUCGCUCAUCUCGUUCACGAAGCGUUUCUCCCAUCCCACACCCACGCCGAGCUCGAAAGGCCAAUAACGUGUCACUGGCCGCUGCAUCGCUUGCACCGCCUCCAGCUCCACCCCAAGCUUCCACCUCAACUGCAGCCUCUUCUUCGAAAGAUGGGGUCAACAUGCAAACCUCGGGCAAGCUCCUGCAAGACACGAAUCUGGUCAAUGGAGUGGUGGUCAAGUACUGUGAGCCUCCCGACGCCAGAAAGCCUCGAACCAAAUGGAGGCUCUAUGUGUUUAAGGGCAAUGAGGAGCUGCCCAUCCUCUAUAUUCAUCGACAAUCUUGCUACCUAAUGGGACGAGAUCGGAAGGUGGCUGAUGUGCCUUUGGAUCAUCCUUCGUGCUCUAAACAACAUGCUGUGCUUCAAUACCGAUUGCUCGAUUUCCGUCGCCCAGAUGGAUCCACUGGGCGGCGAGUAACGCCAUAUGUGAUGGAUCUGAAUUCGGCCAAUGGCACGUUCUUGAACAACCAGAAGAUUGAGAGCCAAAAGUUCGUCCAAGUGCUCGAAAAGGAUGUUCUGAAGUUCGGAUUCAGCUCAAGAGAGUACGUUCUUCUGCAUGAUCAAAGCAAAGACGCUGAGGGAGACGAUCCAGGUGUGGAGUAGACCCAAUGAUUGAGAUGUCUUUGAGUGAUACUCGAGGGAGUGGAAAGGUUCCUUGAUAUUAUGAUAUGAGAUGCUUAGUCAAAAGGGAUUCCACCGGGAGGAGCCUUGACGAACUCAUACUUUGUCAUUCAGUAUUCCUAGAUCUUAACAAAAAGGUCAAAAUGACUCUGUUUUGGACCGAACGAGAUCCAAUUGCUGUACAUUCGCUCUGUUUGUCACAAAUUGUUGUUUCUUUUUGUUAUCAAAACGCCACGUUCAUCAUAACCACUCUUGUGUCUUAGCCAUUAGUAAUUCCACGGGGUUUUCCUCAUAGUACAUCGAUUCGAAAUUCAGUCUGCUGGGUUGAACUUGGAGAAGAAAAUAACUGUGGCCAUCGUGGGAAAGAAAACAAAACUGAUUUUUUUUUCAUGAGACCCCCCUCCCCCCACCCCCCGGGAACAUGCUCUUCUUCUUUUUACUCCCUUAUCCAUUGCCAGAGCUGUAUGGAUAUCCGAUUGAUGCGAAUCAAUGAAUUAUUUUAACUCUUAAUUUGAGUGUGUAUGAAGGCGUGUCCGACGAACAUAAAUAAAUAUUCAAAAAGAACA